AUGCCCCGCCCGCACUCCCGCGACAUGAUCUGCAACCUUGCCACCUGCCGAGGACUAAUUGGCACCCCCGAAGCCGCUCUCUCCCUCCGCCAACGCUACGAUCUGGAGCCCAUAAUCGAUGACGCCUUGACCGUCCCUGCCCUCGACGAGAUGACUACUCUCGAGAUCCACGGCAUCCGGUGGGGGAUCAACCGUGUCCAGCGGCGCAUGGAUGUAAAUGCACGGUACAGCAACCUCUGCUAUACGCAGCUGAGAUUCAUCCACGAGAUGAAUGUGGAAAAAAAUUCUAAAAAGGUGGAGUCAGAGAUCAUGGAAAAGCACCCUGAGAUUUUCUGGGCAGCGAUGCGAUGGAGAGACCUCAGGGUUCUGUUGGCCGAUACUGCCAGACAGAUGGCGGAGGAUAUUGGUAAGUUUGCGGAGGAGAUGAUGGAUUGUAGGUGUGAGAUGCAGUUGCUGGAGGGGCAGCUGGAGGCGGAGACACAGAAGUGUAGGGAGUGCUAUCUGCAGAUCUUAAGGGAGUAUGGUCUGAUGACAGGGAGUCCUAAGUAG